AUUUUGUAUUUGUAUGAGAGACAUAAAAAGAAAAAAAGAAAGAAAGAAAAAGUCCAACAGAGCUUUGUCCUAAUCUUACAAACAAAAAGAUACAGACAGGGAAAGAGAAUCAAAGUUUGAGUUUUCCCCUUUUUUUAAAAAAUUUUUUUUUUCAGACAAAAGUUAAGGUGGUUGUAGAAAAAAAAACAAGGAAAAAAGAACCCUAACCCUGUUUUUAGUUUUUUUUACUCUGCUUGCUCUUUCAUGGUGCUACAGCAAAGGCCAAAACUUUACUCUUUUUAAUUUUUUUUUCUCUAGUAAAGCUUAGAAGUUUCAGACUUUUGGUGUUGUUGUGAGUGAAGUUCAAGCUUUAGUUAACUCUCUCACACUUUGUUGGAUCUUUUAUUUAAGGUGAAAUGAAAUUAGGGUUUAUGUGAAAGGUUGAAAAAAGGGGGUUUUUUUAAAGGGCUCUUUUUGCUUAUUUAUUGUUUUAAUAAUUUGGGUUUUUGUUGUUUUGGCCAGAAAGGUUUUGGUAUUUUGAUUUGCAGCUUGUUAGUUGGGAAAAGUGAAAUUAGAGUGUUUAAUGAUUGAUUUUGAAGGCAGUUAAAGGAAUGCCAUUUCUGGGUAUUUUGUUAGGGUCUUUAUGAAUUGUUAGGGUUUUUUUUUUGUUUGGUGUGGUGGUUUUUUGGGUUAAUUUUAAAAAAAUUAAUUUCUUGGUUCACCAUUAAUAUUUGAGCUGGAGCGAUUAGGAGUACCCGGGACAAUGUCUUCCUUAAGUAGGGAGCUGGUCUUUUUGAUAUUACAGUUCCUUGAUGAGGAAAAAUUCAAGGAAACUGUUCAUAAGUUAGAACAAGAGUCUGGUUUUUUCUUCAAUAUGAAACAUUUUGAAGAUCAAGUCCAGGCUGGUGAAUGGGAUGAAGUCGAGCGUUAUCUAUGUGGGUUCACUAAGGUUGAAGAUAACCGUUACUCGAUGAAGAUUUUCUUUGAAAUUAGAAAGCAGAAGUAUUUGGAAGCUCUCGACAGGCAGGAUCGAGCAAAGGCUGUUGAAAUUCUUGUAAAGGAUCUGAAGGUUUUUGCAUCCUUUAACGAGGAACUUUUUAAAGAGAUUACGCAGUUGCUUACUCUUGAUAACUUUAGACAAAAUGAGCAGCUUUCAAAAUAUGGUGACACGAAAUCUGCUCGGAAUAUCAUGCUUGUAGAGCUUAAGAAGCUGAUUGAAGCAAAUCCCUUAUUUCGCGAUAAGCUUGCAUUCCCAGCUUUUAAAAGUUCACGACUAAGGACCUUAAUAAACCAGAGUCUGAAUUGGCAGCAUCAGCUAUGCAAGAAUCCUCGUCCAAACCCUGACAUUAAAACUCUUUUUAUGGAUCAUUCUUGUUCUCCCUCUACUAAUGGUGCUCGUCCUCCUCCACCAACUAGCAGUCCUCUUGUCGGACCAAUUCCCAAGGCUGGGACAUUCCCUCCCAUCGGUGCUCAUGUUCCAUUUCAGCCUGUCGUUUCCCCAUCUUCUGGUGCUAUUGCGGGGUGGAUCUCAAGUGGUAAUCCUUCUUUACCUCAUGCGGCUGCUGUGGCGGCAGGUCCUCCUGGUCUUGUCCAGCCUUCUAAUGCAGCUGCAUUUCUUAAGCAUCCGAGGACACCAUCUGGUAUGCCAGGAAUGGAUUAUCAGUCAGCCGAUUCAGAUCAUUUGAUGAAGCGCAUUCGUACUGGCCAACCUGACGAGGUAUCCUUUUCUGGUAUCGCACAUACUCCCAAUGUGUACUCACAAGAUGACAUUCCAAAAACCGUUGUGCGUGCUCUUAAUCAAGGGUCUAAUGUCAUGAGCAUGGACUUUCAUCCUCAUCAACAAACUAUUCUCCUAGUUGGCACGAAUGUUGGUGACAUCAGCCUUUGGGAAGUAGGAUCUCGAGAAAGAUUGGCCCAUAAACUGUUUAAAGUUUGGGAUAUCUCAGCUGCUUCCAUGCCUUUGCAGACAGCUCUAUUGAACGACGCUGUGAUAUCAGUCAACCGAUGUGUUUGGGCACCUGAUGGACUUAUGCUUGGUGUUGCAUUUUCAAAACAUAUAGUCCAGAUAUAUCAGUAUAAUUCAACUGGAGAAUUAAGAUCGCAUUUGGAGAUUGAUGCUCAUGUUGGAGGUGUUAACGACAUAGCAUUUGCUUAUCCCAACAAGCAAUUUUGUAUCAUUACUUGUGGUGACGAUAAGACGAUCAAGGUAUGGGAUACUGUAGGUGGACGUAGACUUCAUAUUUUUGAAGGCCAUGAAGCUCCUGUAUAUUCUGUUUGCCCUCAUUAUAAGGAAAAUAUUCAGUUUAUUUUCUCCACUGCCAUUGAUGGGAAGAUUAAAGCUUGGUUAUAUGAUUGCUUGGGGUCUAGAGUGGACUAUGAUGCUCCCGGACUUUGGUGUACGACAAUGGCUUAUAGCGCUGAUGGAACUAGGCUUUUCUCUUGUGGAACAAGUAAAGACGGUGAAUCCCAUUUAGUCGAGUGGAAUGAGAGUGAAGGAGCAAUCAAAAGAACAUAUUCUGGUUUUAGGAAGCGUUCAUUAGGUGUUGUCCAGUUCGACACAACAAGGAACAGGUUCUUAGCAGCCGGCGAUGAAUUCCAAAUUAAGUUUUGGGACAUGGAUAAUACUGCCAUGUUGACAGCUGUUGACGCAGACGGCGGGUUGCCUGCCAGUCCAAGACUACGGUUCAACAAGGAAGGGUCGUUGUUGGCUGUUACAACUAGUGAUAAUGGUAUCAAAAUCUUGGCUAACAGUGAUGGUUCACGCUUGAUACGAAUGUUGGAGAGUAGGGGCGUUGAUAAAAGUCGAGGCCCUUCUGAACCUGUCAAUUCUAAGCCAUUGAUCAUUAACGCACUUGGUCCUGUGGGAAAUGCUGCCAUUCCACCAUCCCUUGAACGCCCUGAUAGAGUCCCAACUGCUGUAUCCAUUAGCAGUCUUGGUACAAUGGAAAACAGCCGGCUUGUUGAUGUUAAGCCACGAAUUUCCGAUGAUGCAGACAAGAUAAAGGGCUGGCGAAUUCCUGACAUUAUUGAUCCCUCUCACCUGAAAGUCCUACGAUUAUCUGAUGCCAUAACAGCAGGAAAGGUUGUGAGGCUGUUAUAUACCAACUCUGGUCUUGCUCUUUUGGCCCUUGCAUCGAAUGCUGUUCACAAGCUUUGGAAAUGGCAGCGUAGUGAAAGGAGUCCCUUAGGCAAGGCUACUGCAUAUGUUGCACCGCAAUUGUGGCAGCCACCUAGUGGCACUCCUAUGACAAAUGAUAUAAACGAGACUAAACCUGCUGAAGAAUCUGCUGCGUGCAUUGCAUUAUCUAAAAAUGAUUCUUAUGUUAUGUCCGCCUCGGGAGGGAAGGUUUCUUUGUUCAACAUGAUGACAUUCAAGGUGAUGACCACCUUUAUGUCCCCUCCUCCUGAAGCCACGUUCUUGGCAUUUCAUCCACAAGACAAUAAUAUUAUCGCGAUUGGCAUGGAAGACUCCACAAUUCAAAUUUACAAUGUCCGAGUCGAUGAGGUCAAAACCAAACUCAAGGGCCACCAAAAUCGGAUAACCGGACUUGCCUUUUCACAAACUUUGAAUUCUCUGGUGUCUUCAGGGGCUGAUGCACAGUUAUGUGUUUGGAGCAUAGAUGGAUGGGAGAAAAAAAAAUCGAGGUUCAUACAAGCUCCGGCUGGUCGUCAAUCUCCGCUAGCAGGAGAAACCAAAGUCCAGUUUCACAAUGACCAAACUCAUCUAUUGGUUGUCCACGAGAGCCAAAUAGCCAUUUAUGACAGCAAGCUCGAAUGUUUACGCUCAUGGUCUCCAAAAGAGUCAUUAAAUGCUCCCAUUUCGAGUGCAAUAUAUUCUUGCGAUGGCUCACUGGUUUAUGCCGGUUUUUGUGACGGCGCCAUUGGAGUUUUUGAUUCCGAUAACUUGAGACUCAGAUGUCGAAUAGCACCUUCGGCUUACAUACCUUCGUUAUCCGUCAGUGGCAGCAACGGUGCAGCCUACGCCGUGGUCAUAGCAGCUCACCCAUCGGAACCAAACCAGAUUGCUCUCGGGAUGAGUGAUGGAGCGGUUCACGUAAUCGAACCCUCUCAAGAUAAUGGAUCCCAUAAUCCAUCAAAUUCAUCUAAUCCUUCAUUAACUGUUAAACAACCAACAGAGUUACCUUCUAGGUGAAUAUUAUUAAUGUAGAUACAAAAAAAAAAAGAACUCCGUUUACUUUUGUAAUCAAUUUGCCUUAAAACCACUCCCCAAUGUUAUGUAAUAUUCAUUGUAAUUUUCUUUUA